UCAGACACGCAGCCGGGUCAGAGACCGAUCGGCCCGGUGACAGGCGGUCGGGGCGAGGCCUAGAGAAGGGGGGGUUUCAAGUCGGGGCGUCGGCCCACCGCGGGUGGAGCGCGCCGGACUCGCGGGCCGGAGGCCCAGCGAUGGCUAUGCAGAUGCAACUGGAAGCAAAUGCUGAUACUUCAGUGGAAGAAGAAAGCUUUGGCCCACAACCUAUUUCACGGUUAGAGCAAUGUGGGAUAAAUGCCAAUGAUGUGAAGAAAUUGGAAGAAGCUGGAUUUCAUACUGUGGAAGCUGUUGCCUAUGCACCAAAGAAAGAGCUGAUAAAUAUUAAAGGAAUUAGCGAAGCAAAAGCUGAUAAAAUUCUGGCUGAGGCAGCUAAAUUAGUUCCAAUGGGUUUCACUACUGCAACUGAAUUCCACCAAAGACGAUCGGAGAUUAUACAGAUUACCACUGGCUCCAAAGAGCUGGACAAACUGCUUCAAGGUGGAAUUGAGACUGGAUCCAUCACUGAGAUGUUUGGAGAAUUUCGAACUGGGAAGACCCAAAUUUGUCACACGCUGGCUGUUACAUGCCAGCUUCCCAUUGACCGGGGUGGAGGUGAAGGAAAGGCCAUGUACAUUGAUACCGAAGGUACCUUUAGGCCAGAACGGCUGCUAGCCGUGGCAGAGAGGUAUGGCCUGUCUGGCAGUGAUGUUCUAGAUAAUGUGGCAUAUGCACGAGGGUUCAACACAGACCACCAGACGCAGCUCCUUUAUCAAGCAUCAGCCAUGAUGGCAGAGUCCAGGUAUGCACUGCUUAUUGUAGACAGUGCCACGGCCCUCUACAGAACAGACUACUCGGGUCGAGGUGAGCUCUCAGCCAGGCAGAUGCACUUGGCCAGGUUUCUGCGGAUGCUUCUGAGACUUGCUGAUGAGUUUGGUGUAGCAGUGGUAAUCACCAACCAGGUGGUAGCCCAAGUGGACGGAGCAGCCAUGUUUGCUGCAGAUCCUAAGAAGCCUAUUGGGGGAAAUAUCAUAGCCCACGCAUCCACUACCAGACUUUAUCUGAGGAAAGGAAGAGGGGAGACCAGGAUCUGCAAAAUCUACGACUCCCCCUGUCUCCCUGAAGCUGAGGCCAUGUUUGCCAUCAACGCAGACGGAGUGGGAGAUGCCAAGGAUUGAACACUGGUUUUUCCUGCGCUAAACUUUACGUGCUCUGCAAGCGCCAGCUCCCUGGGGUUCUUCAGAGGCCUCUACCUGUUGUGACUGCCUGGGAAAGGCUUCCAAAAUGCCCACUGUGUUACUUUUCUGAUGGUGUAAGCAGGAGGCAGGUCAGUACUCA